UGAGCGGAAACGGAAACAGAAGAAGAGUGAAAGGCGCUACGGGGAGAAUUAAAAUGUCUGCUCCGAAAACCAUCCCGAAAGAUGCUCAGGUGAUGAUUCAGAUCCUGAAGGACAUGGGCAUCACAGAGUAUGAGCCCCGAGUCAUCAACCAGAUGUUGGAGUUUACCUACAGAUAUGUCACCACCAUCAUCGAAGAUGCCAAAAUCUAUGCCACACAUGCCAAGAAGUCCACUGUUGAUGCAGAUGACAUCAAACUGGCCAUUCAGUGUCGGAUGGACCAGUCAUUCACAUCGCCACCACCACGAGAUUUCCUGUUGGAGGUCGCGAGACAGAAGAACCAGACACCCCUUCCUCUGAUCAAACCAUACACUGGACCACGGCUCCCCCCAGACCGUUACUGUCUAACCGCCCCCAACUACAGACUGAAAUCUAUACAGAAGAAGGUGUCGUCAUCCGCCAGCAGGAUAUCAGUUCCUCGCCUCAGUGUCGGCGCCGUCUCCAGUCGACCGACCACGCCCACCCUCGGGACGCCUUCUGUGCAGUCGGUCACCGCUAAAGUCGGCACUCCAGUGUCUCUGACGGGUCAGAGGUUCACCGUUCAGAUCCCCCCUCCCUCUCAGACCACCACCCCCAAAACCACAACGCCAUCCACGCCGGCCGUGUCCAACGUCCUGAUCAACCCGUCUCUGAUCGGAUCGAAGAACAUCCUGAUCACAACCAACAUGGUGUCGCAGAACUCCAGUGGAGAAUCUCUGAAGAGGAAACACGAGGAUGACGACGACUACGACGCUUUGUGACAGUGAACAAGAGUUUUAACAAAAUCCUUUAACAAGGUAACAUGACCACGACAAUUUGUGAAGAAAAUCUUUUUUUUUUUUUUUUUUCAAACCCCUCUGUAGUUGAUGUAACAAACAAUGCUUGAUGGUGACAAACGAGAUUUUUAACAAAAACCCAUUUGUAACAACUACUCAUUAGCAUGUUUACGCUCCAAACCGGACUGAACCGGAUUAACCAAUCAGCUAACAGGAAGUGUGACGCUUAUGAGAUUUCACAAUAAAAGUAAUUUAAAAGAAAAAAA